UUUCCUGCAGCGGAAGAGUAUGCAAAUCUUCGUUUUUUUUUCGUAUCCUUCAUUGAGGUGAACUACUACAGUCAAGAAACGUUAGCAAUCAUGCCUCCAAUCACUUCUUUCUGCUCUGCAAACAUGGAAUUAAACCUAAAAUCACCGUCAUGCACACCCACUACGACCUCGGCAUCACACUCCACCAUUCGAAGCAUCACAGCAAGAGACAAGCCCUCUUCAUCAGACUCACCUACUCUAACCAUAACCUUCGGUAUCCUGGGAGCUACCCUCGCUUUACUGGCUCUAAUAAUCGCUGUACUGCAGCUUCGACACAUGAGGCACCGCCGAAAGAAACUCCUCUUGCCUGAGUUCGAAUUGGAGGCCGCUGCUGCAAGAACCGUGCGCCCGUUCUCUAUACCAUCGCCAUAUUUCGGACUCUAUGGUCGCACACUGACACCGCUUGAUCUCGCGUAUCCCGAGAAUUGUUGGAUCAAGCCAGGGGAUAUUGGCACUUUUCCACUCGAGGAUACCUUGGGGGUCGGGAAACGUCUGACAGGACCCAUAGGUCACAAGGAUGGUUUGAAGAACACCGAAGUUGAGGAAUGA